AUGUCCGGAUAUUACGCGUAUUUGAAAGCGCAGGAAGGGAAGGCUGUCGCACAAUCUUAUGCAAAACGAGAUGCCGAAGAAGCCAAGAAGAGAGAGGAACUUCGGAAAGCGUAUCUAAAAGAGUUGGAUGAGAAGGAUCCAAACAACAUCUUUUACUCCAUCGGCCAGAUAAAGGGCCUACUGAAGGCCUUUUAUGAAGCGGAUCGGAAUUUAGAUGGUCAUGUCACGCUCGGUGAAUUAAUGAAUGUUUAUCGACCUACUAAUCAAGAAGCUUGUGAUAAUAUUCACAAGACAUUCCAAGAAGCAGAGGUUGACGGGGACAACAGACUUAGUCUUGGAGAGUUCUUCAUCCUCGGUUUUAUUGGAGCUGAACGCAAGGAGGGAUAUCCACAAGCCCGAAAAAUUGAGUAA